CUUCCUAGCUUAUCUUUCAUGUAAAGGCUCUUCGGUGCUACACACGUGGAGAAGUUUAACACAUCGCUACCUCGCUGAAGAUUUGGAUCCAAACCAAACAGAGGAUGACGAGUGAGGACGUGGAGCGGCUCCUGAUCCAGUUUCAGGAUGAGGAAGGGGAGGUUCUGGGUUCACCUUUUGAUGUGCCUCUAGACAUCACUCCUGACAAACUGCAGCUGGUCUGCAAUGCACUGCUGCAGAAGGAAGAGCCAGUACCACUGGCAUUUUUUGUGCGUGGAGAGGCUGAGGUGGUGUCCAGUCUGGGGUCGUGUGUGAAGGCUCUUGGGGUUGAGACAGAGCAGGUCCUGCCAGUUGUGUACCAGCCUCAGGCUGUGUUCAGAGUUCGAGCUGUGGCCCGCUGUACCAGCACACUACAGGGACACACAGAAGCUGUCAUCUCAACUGCUUUCAGCCCCACCGGCAAAUAUCUGGCCAGUGGUUCAGGUGAUACCACAGUGCGUUUUUGGGACUUGACAACUGAGACGCCCCACCACACUGCCAGAGGACACACACACUGGGUAUUGAGCAUCGCCUGGUCACCCGAUGGCAAGAAACUGGCUUCAGGGUGCAAGAACAGUCAGAUCUGUCUUUGGGAUCCAGUGACGGGUACACAGACGGGAAAGACUUUGACAGGACACACCAAAUGGAUCACUUGGCUCUGCUGGGAACCUCUACAUCUUAACCCAGAGUGUCGGUACUUAGCCAGUAGCUCUAAAGACGGGUCAGUACGUAUCUGGGACACAGUGUUGGGACGCUGUGAGAAGAUUCUGACUGGACACACUCAGUCAGUCACCUGUGUGAAGUGGGGAGGAGAUGGACUUCUAUACACUUCUUCUCAGGACAGAACAGUCAAAGUGUGGAGAGCCAAAGAUGGUGUCCAGUGCAGGACUCUGCAGGGACACGCCCACUGGGUGAACACCCUGGCUCUCAGCACAGACUACGUCCUGCGAACUGGCGCUUUUGAACCCGCAACUGCCACUGUCAACCUGCAGGACCUUACCGGAUCAUUGGAAGAGAUUAAAGAGAAAGCCUUGCAGAGAUAUAACAAAGUCAGGGGUUCAGCUCCAGAGCGCUUGGUGUCUGGCUCAGAUGAUUUCACCUUGUUCCUGUGGAACCCUGCAGAAGACAAGAAGCCUCUGGCCAGGAUGACCGGCCACAGCGCCCUAGUCAACGAAGUGCUAUUCUCCCCAGACACCAGGCUCCUCGCCUCAGCCUCGUUUGACAAAUCCAUCAAAAUCUGGGACGGACGCACUGGAAAGUACUUAAUGUCCCUGCGUGGCCAUGUGGCAUCUGUGUAUCAAGUGGCGUGGUCAGCAGACAGCAGGCUGCUGGUCAGCGGCAGCAGCGACAGCACACUGAAAGUUUGGGACAUCAAGACAGGAAAGCUCAACAUGGACCUACCUGGUCACGCAGAUGAGGUUUAUGCAGUGGACUGGAGUCCUGAUGGACAAAGAGUGGCCAGCGGCGGGAAAGACAAAUGUCUCAGAAUAUGGAGGAGAUAGCCUCACCUCUGUCCUCCUUCCUAACGUUGGCAGAGGAUUCACAUCUUCUCCUGUCAAGAACCGUGACAGCUGGAACAAGGGUGGCUAGAUUGUUCCCAAUCCCCCAUUUUGGCUUUAUUACACUCUCUGGCAAAAGUGGCAUUGUGUCAAGGAGCUCUAGUCUGGUCAUGAUGGAAAAGCCCUGGUUAACAUUAAUGACUGUAAAGGUGUCAAGCUCAAUGGAAAUGUAACAUAGGAGACUUUAUAUUCAUGGCAAGCUCCAUCCAUUGAGAUGACUGCGACUAGAGGUUGUACUGUAAUAUGUAUUUCCCAUUCAUGUACAUAUUGUUUUGUACACACCAGGAGUCCUGACACAUAAAGACCUUUCUCCCAGAUGCAGAAACCACAAACAUGUAUUUAAAAAUGAAUACGUAACCAAAUUCUUUAAUAUCUGAAUACAGUAUAUAUUCUAACCAACGCGUCAGGAAAACAAAGCUAUUUCUCAGCUUUAUGUUUGUCCCCUCCUUCACCUUAAACGUCACUAGAUGAACUAUAUCCUGUAAGUGACAGGUGCACUGAGGAGGCAACAGGUGGGCGCGCUAAUACUUCCCUUCUGUGAUGUUAAUACCGACGGUGCUCGCCCUGCUCCUUCAGCCUUUAAUCUCUUCUGUCCUGCGGUCAGCAAAGCCUCAACCUGCUGAUUUUUCUCCUGCCUGUGCGGGCGAAGCCAAGUGGCACCAGCUCUGGACUGAGUGAUUCGCAUCCCAGUGUGGAACAACCAGGUUUCACCACUCCGGUUAAAAUGCUGUGUUCUGCAUCCAGCUGGCUUUUCGUGAAUAUUUAACACGAAUAAAUAUUUACGUCAGUUUUUAAAUCCACUUUCAAUUAAUUGUCAGGUUCAAUGUAGAAAAUCAUUAAGAAAAUAAAUAACAGCAACUCUCGCUGUUUGUCACUCAACA